UAUUUCAUAAGUAGUGCUCAUUUAGGUGGAGUUGUAUAUCGCUGUCUACUGAGGACAAAGGUUUACAUAUUAAUUUUAAUUUUAAUUAGCUGAUAAAUUAUCAAAUACAAAUAUGGGCUUUUUAACUAAAGCUUUCGUUAUCGCUCUCCUGGGUGUAGCAGCAUGGUUUGCAUUCGGUGGCAGCAGUCCCAAACCAAUCCCUAAAUUAGACCCUGAAGCGUGGUGGGGACCAAACGAACUAAAAGGCAAACUUGACAAAAGUAUACGACCAUUCAAAGUCAAGUUUGAUGCAGAGAUGAUAAAAGACCUCAGGUACCGUCUAAAGAACCACCGGCCAUUCGCACCGCCUCUAGAGGGUGGCUUUGAAUACGGAUUCAAUACAAACCAGAUAGAAGGCUGGCUGAAUUACUGGGCAGAGAAGUACAACUUCACUGAACGGGAGACCUGCUUUAACCAGUUCCCGCACUACAAGACAUACAUCCAGGGUCUGGAUAUUCACUUCAUCAGAGUGACGCCAAAGGUCCCUGAACAUGUGGAAAUAAUUCCUCUUCUACUGCUGCACGAAUGGCCAGGUUCAGUCAGGGAGUUAUAUUAUGCCAUCCCGUUACUGGCUAGCCACAAGCCGGGAUAUAAGUUCGCUUUCGAAGUAAUUGCUCCGAGCAUCUGUGGAUUCGGAUCUUCUCAAGGUGCAGUUCGUCCUGGGCUUGGAUUUCCUGAAAUAGCAGUUCUAUACAAAAACCUGAUGACUCGUCUUGGAUACAAUAAGUUCUACGUCCAGAGUGGAGACUGGGGCGCCUUCAUAGCCGACGUGAUGGUCACGCUGUACCCUGAUUCCGUGUUAGGAUACCAUUGUAACAUGCUCCUUACUCAGAUGGCCCGUCUCCUCUUCAUACUACCAGUAUUGGCACUGGUCUUUCUCCCAGUAUACUUCUUAUUCCUACAAAGUCCUCCACCGGUACCCAAUGUUGACAUGAACGAUUGGUGGGGGCCUGAGAGCGCGAAAGAAAAACAGGAUACCAGUAUCAGGCCAUUCAAAAUCAGUUUUGGAAAUAAUAACGUCAAAGACUUAAAAGAUCGUCUCCAAAGAACAAGACCGUUAACACCUCCACUAGAAGGUGUCGGCUUCGACUACGGCUUCAACAGCAACGAAAUCGACAGCUGGUUGAAGUACUGGGCCAAGGACUACAAUUUCAAGGAGAGGGAAACUUUCUUGAACCAGUUCCCGCAGUUCAAGACUAACAUCCAGGGACUGGAUAUACACUUCAUUAGGGUUACGCCAAAGGUUCCUCAAGGGGUUGAAGUUGUUCCCCUCCUUCUUCUCCACGGCUGGCCAGGAUCCGUCAGGGAGUUCUAUGAAGCCAUCCCUCUGCUGACUGCUGUCAGCAAGGACAGAGACUUUGCCUUUGAAGUCAUCGUGCCCAGUCUUCCUGGUUAUGGGUUCUCUGAUCCUGCAGUACGACCAGGACUGGGAGCGCCUCAGAUUGGCGUCGUGAUGAAGAACCUGAUGAGCAGGCUCGGAUACAAGCAGUUCUACCUGCAAGGCGGUGACUGGGGAGCACUCAUUGGAAACUGUAUCGUAACUCUAUUCCCUAAGGAUAUCCUUGGUUACCACACUAACAUGCCCAUCGUGAUGUCAACAAAAUCCACCUUAUUUGAACUCCUUGGUUCAGUCUUCCCAUCUCUGAUUCUGGAAGACAUGAGUACCUAUGAAAGGUUGUAUCCUCUGUCAACGAGGUUUGCUAACCUGCUGCGGGAGACUGGCUACAUGCAUAUUCAAUCGACGAAGCCUGAUACUGUGGGAGUUGCACUUUCGGAUUCCCCAGCGGGUCUUCUAGCCUACAUCCUCGAGAAGUUCGCAACCUGGACUCGGCCUGACCUGAUGUCUAAACCCAAUGGAGGUCUGGACUACCGCUUCACCAGAGACCAGCUGAUUGACAACCUAAUGAUGUACUGGACCAACAGAGCGAUCACGCCGGCCAUGAGAUUGUAUGCCGAGAACUUUAAUAAGAGGACUGUGGAAAUGAAACUUGAUGAGAUCCCAACUCCAGUGCCAACAUGGGGCUUGCAAACGAAAUACGAAUUAGGAUAUCAACCUAAAUAUAUCCUAAAAAUUAAGUUCCCAAACCUAGUCGGCACCACAGUACUUCAAGAGGGAGGUCACUUCAUUGCCUUCGAAUUGCCCGAGGUCUUUACGAAUGACGUCAUCAAGGCUGUGACAGAGUUCAGAAAACUGCAGAAGAAGAAUGUCAAGACUGAUUUGUAAUUAUUUGAUUUUGAAACUGGAAAUGUAUUAAUGUAAUUAUUGACAUAAGAAGUUGUUAGCAUAAAGUGUAAGAUGGUGAAAUAUAUGGCUCGUUUUUUUGUGUCGAAUAACGAGAAUUAAAUCAUUUUUUUUUUGUAUUUGUGUACAUACCUGACUCCUGCUCUAGAGUCUAGGACUUUCCAGAGUCUGCGUUAAUAGCCGAAUUCAAAUUAAACCGUUACAGCAACCGCUAAAUUUCGUAGAAUUUUACGUCAUCAUACGAGAUUUUGGAGCAAUGUAAUUUCGACUACCAU